UGUCAAUGCCUGUGUUGUUGCAGUGUUAACAAUUCCCAGUUUUAUACACAGAAGAUAUCCCUCUAUGGAGAAGUACAAGGUAAGCUGUUUAUAAACAAUAUAUUAAUCCUGGCUGUGUCCUCUAACUGGCAAGGAAAGGGUUAAUUCUCAGCACAGAGAAGGGGGAGCUAAAUAUCACCCCAAUAUCACCCCAAAAUUGUCCCCUCCCCCACCCCCCCCAGAGAGCUCCAUAAAGGGUCAGGUCUAUUCAAGGAGGGGAAAAAAGUGAAAAUGGCAAUAUUUUAAAUUAUUCCAGAAAUUUUUAUUUUAUAAGUUUUGGGGCAACAGAUUUUAGCCCAAAUCUCCCAAAAAUAGUAAAUAUAAAAAAACAUUUCAAGCUGAUUUUUAACUCUGAUAAAAUAUAUUAAAUACACUGUAUAUAUAUACACACUUCAGCAAAAUAAAAACCGGUAUAAACAUUUGAAUACUAACUUCAUUCAGACAAUACGAGAUGAAUACAAGUUACUUUUGACGUCUAUAAUGACUAAAGGUGCUCAAAGUGUUUGCCAUUAGCGUUCAGGCACUUAUUACUCUUAGGACUUUUCGUCCUUUCCAGCGUCUUUGAAACGGCAUGUGCUGCAAUUGAUUGGUUUUUUUUUCUUGCUGAUGUCUUUGGAAUUUUGGCAGAUUUUGGAAGAAUGGAGACCAGGAACAUUUGGGGAGACCUGUAUUGGCGAGGAAAUUGGAAGCAAAAAGAAAUGUGUUUUAAAGAAGGUGAGAAAUCUAUUGACAUUUUCCAGCGCAUGAGCUAAAAUUUCAGUGAUCACAAAUGGCAGAAUUUCUUCCCAGUUAUGUGACUUUUUGUCAAAGUUCAUUAAAGUUAUCGGUAACUAUAUUAAAUAUUAAAAGUCAUUGGUUGCACUCUGCUAUUUUUGAGCUUGGCUAUUUUGACCUAUAAAUUGGAAUCCACUUGUCGAUUUUUCAUAGUUCCAAGUUAAGUGAAUAAUAACGCAAUGCUCGUUGCCUUCUGCUAUGUAACUUGAUCAAUGGCUAAAGGCAGCCAGCAGUCAAGUUACAAAUAGUUACUUGUGAGUUAAACAAGGAGGGUUUAACUACUGGAAACAAUGCUACAUUCUGUUUGAGUUUUACCUAGGUUUCAGAAAUAAGGCCUUAAUUCACGGUGAGCAUUUUGGAAAUAACAACUUUUAGCUAGAUUUUUUUUUCAAUAAUUUUACCAAUAAAAAAUGCUAAACAUAGGAACGCAAUGUGUGGAAUUGUUUGAGCAACUCACUGCAAAAGACGUGCAACUAAAUAGUUUUAGAAUUCAGUGUGGUUUGUUAAUAUCACUUAUAAUGUUUGUUUCAUAGGUGGAGUGCAUGGAUGAGCAAGAGGCAAACCUGGCAUUAAAAGAGGUAAGUAUGUUACUGAUUGCAAAUAACUGUUUAGUAGAUAUACCCCUAACGAAAACAUAGUUGCAUUUAAUUAUGCAUAUAUUCAUUGGUGUAUAUCUGAAAACAGAUUGCAAAACCUGAAUAUCCCUUGUCUACAGCCUUUGCAAGCCCUCCCCUUCUAACCCCGCCUACUUUUGAAAAAUUAAAGGAGAACUAUAGUGCCAGGGAAACAAACUCGUUUUUCUGGCACUAUGGGGUCAUUAGGUCCCCCCCACCCUCAGGGCCCCCCUCCCGCCGGGCUGAAGGUGUUAAAACCCCUUCAGCCACUUACCUUUCUCCAGUGCCAGUCUCCCUCGGCGCUGGGGAGCUCUCCUCCUCCUGCCGACGUUAGUGCCGAAUGUGCAUGCGCGUGCGCGGCAAAAGCCGCGCGCAUUCAAGUAGCCCAUAGGAAAGCAUUACUCUAUGCUUUCCUAUGGACGUCCAGCGUCUUCUCACUGUGAUUUUCACUGUGAGAAUUGUGGAAGCGCCUCUAGCGGCUGUCAGGGAGACAGCCGCUUGAGGCUGGAUUUACCCUCAGUGUAAACAUAGCAGUUUCUCUGAAACUGCUAUGUUUUCAGCUGCAGGGUUAAAACCUGGGGACCUGGCACCCAUACCACUUCAUUAAGCUGAAUUGGUCUGGGUGCCUAUAGUGGUCCUUUAAAGUAAGACAUAAACAUCUUUGCCUUACAUUACAUUUUGUCUUUGUACUUUAGUUCAUGGUUCUGCUUGAUCUGCAUCAUCCCAACAUCUGUCCGUAUAAGGAAUUCUUCAUAACCUGGGAUAAUAAGGUAAACCAUGAUCCUAUUGUUUCACUGGAAGCAUAUCUGUCUAAUGAAGCUGUUUUGGAAUAAUGAGAAAACACACAAUUUUAAGCCACUUGAGUUAUAUAAACGAUUAGUAUGUGUUUUAUUUCUCUGGAGUUAGCUGGUUAUGUACACUGAUUUAAAUGCUGUAUCUGCCGGAGCUUCCAUAGUCUGCUACUGUCGACAUGUACUUGGCAGACGCUAUGACAUCUCUGGAAACAUUGGUAAGUACUAUUAACAGUAUAACUGUCACUAUGUAACACAGUGAAGAAGGAUACAUUCAAUAAAUAUCUUAUUGCCAUGUACAGGGUCUUUCAUUCUAAAUGUCACCUUGCUGGUAAUGACAAUAGUAUUGCUCCCUCCUCAGAUCUCCUCUCUCUUCCUUUACCUGGUAAUGGACUAUUCUGAUAAUGGCCAUUUGGAUGUCAUGCUGCAAGAGUACAGGCAAGCCAAGACCAAAAUAGACGAAAAGGUACAUAGUGAAAUAAAGUAAUAUAUUUAGGAUCAGUCCCUGUGACCUUAACAUAUGUUACAUAUGAUGUCAUCUUAUGUUGCACACUCUGCCUGUGUCAAAAAUAUGACACUUUACAUAUGAUGUAAUCGCAUUGUGCAUAAUCUCUCAGUGACAAAUAUAAAAUUGGUUUGAUAUGAUGUCAUCUCAACAUCCAUAGUCUCCCAAUGACAAUAAAAAUACAUGAUGUCAUGAUGUGAUGUCAUCUUGUCAUUGUCUCCUAGUGACAAAUAUAAGACAUGUUCGAUAUGAUGUCAUCGCAUAGUCUCAUCAUAAUCUCCCACUGAACGUAAGACAUGCUGAAUAUGAUAUGAUCUCAUACUAUACAGUCCUGCUGUGACCCAUUUCUGUUAUUUUGCUCUCUAUAGAUUUGUUUUCCUUUCUUAACAGACAAUUCAGCUUUUUCUCGGCCAGAUGAUUGAUGUGCUGGUCUAUAUUCAUAAACAGAAAGUCCUCCACAGGUAGGUCCUGACAAUUCUUCAUAAAAGGAAAAUAAUCAGGGUUGUCGCUAACAUUCAAAUCUGGAUUGCAACAUUUAAGGCCAUAAUAGCCAAGUUGUGACUAUAACAGAGUUAGAGGACUUUCUAAAAUUAAUAGUUUUAGCCUAAAUUUUGCAAUUUAAAUUUUAAAAAGCAGCAGUUUAGAGUUUAAUAAUCCUGCCUGAUUUUAAUGAACUAUUUUAUAUAUGUUUAGGUUUUCUGUUUAUGGUAUUAAACCUUUCGAAAAAGGCUAAAUACUCCGUUGUGUGUUUAAAAAAUAAACAUACUGGUAAACGCUAGCACUAGGGACCAUUGGACGGAGUGAACAAAUAUCUCCAAAUAGGUUUCCCCAGGGCUGAAUGUCACCACAACUUGUAAUGAGUGCGGUAAUUUGAUUGCUUUGGGCUUUUUCCAGUUCAUCAAAUAACCAGGAACGUUGCUUGAGAACAGGUUAUUCUGUUAUUGUAUGAUUACAUUCAGUGCUCAUGUAAUUAGACAAUCCUCAUCUAAGAUUCACACAAGGACAUCCAUUUAUAUUGGAUGCACAAUUCAGCAGUUUUUUUAUAAUUCAUGGAGGUUCUAAAAAUGCUGCAGAAGGUUGUGUCCGCCGAUUCAGUACAUGGCAUUCUAGAACAAGAAGGAACAUGGUUUUAGAAGGAGAGUUUAUGUAUGUAUAUAUAUAAUUUAUUGUAGAGAACUGUUCUAAGCAGCAUUCCUACAUAUGUUAUCAAGUCAGGUUAUUCCUACCACUUAUGAUGGACCUACCAGUCGAAGUAUUGCUAAAUAUUUUGGUACAUUGGACAUGGUUGGACUAAUUUUGAGGUUUAUAGAGUGGUACGGUUCCAAUAAAUUCAUGUGAAGUCCAGUUCCCCAUUGCAUUCAAGCUGCCCCAACUUUUAAUUACCUCACCUGCAAAAACUCAAAAUUUGCUGCAAACCUCAUAGAAAAAUGUAGUAAAUUGCGCUGUUUAGAUGAUCAUAAGGUAUCUAUACAAAGCAGCAAGAACAAAGCAUUUAAGAUGGUGAGUGUAAAAUCUGAAAUUUAAGUACCAGUGUGUGCUCAAGCAAUUUCAAAUUACAUUUGUCACUCAAAGAUUCAAAAGGGACAAUAAUAGUUUUAUGAAAAAGUAUUCCUUUGUUCCACUACAUAGUUAAUAGUUUAUUACUUGUGAUGCUAGUAUCCGUUUGUGUCUUUGCAGUCACCUUAUGAAAAUAAGGCUUGCUUUGUAUCUUUGGGAUGUAGUGCACAUAACAGAUUGGGAUUUUAUGAAAUCCUGUGAGGUUCAAACAUUUUAAGACAACCUCUAUGGUAACCUUCCUGUCUUAGUUGUAAAGGCGACUAAACCAUUACAUUUUAGACAACAGUUGGGCAAUUUAUCUGAUUGGAACACUGGUAACCUCAAAGAUCACAAGACAAUAUAUAAGACUUUGCUCUCCAUUAACAUUUUAUUUUGUCAUGUUUUAGUGAUCCCUUUUGUGUCCAUUUAAAUACCAAUGCAGUGACAUUCCAUCUCCACACAUUAAAUCUUAAAGACUCUCCGACAGCACUGAGCAAUCUGCUAUUUGCUGUCUGCAUUUCUAUAGAGCCUGGUCAGCUCAGGAUGAGUCUGUAUUAGUGAAGGAUUCUUGAUUGGAUGGUUCCAUUAAUUCAAUGUGUCUUAAUAAUCAGAUUGGUUUGUGUGAUGUUCGGUGUUCACUCAUUGUUCUCGUCUGUUUGUGCUGCUUUAGGAACCUUAAACCAAGUAACAUCCUUAUUAAAGGCAAGGAUACUUUCCUGAUCAGUGAUUUUCUUGUGGAGACGCUGGUGAUGGAUGAGAUGAAAUUGAAGAUCAGAGUGUAUCCCGGUGAGCAGGUUUUAGUGGAUGUCUGGAUAUCGAAGGAGGAUGUUAUGUACUACUAGAGUUUUGCAUUCUUGACUUCACUGGAAUUGUUCCUGGAAGCUGAACAUAUUCAAAGUCCAGAGCAAUGAUGCCUGAUCUUGGGUUCCCAGGGCUUUCAAAUUAUAUUUCCCAUGAUGCAUGUGUUCUACCCAUUUCCUGAAAUAAGUGGUCUUGUUUCAGGAAAUGGAUAGGAAAUACCUUUUCCUUAUGAAGGAUCUGCAGGUUGACAAGCAUUGACAAAGGGUGGAGCUUUAUUUAAGCUCCACAUCUUUUGUCAUCGUUGUCAUUGACUGUCCGCUUCUCACUCAUCUCUCUCAAGCAUUGAGUCACCUUCUUAUAAGAUCUUGAUUUGCACAUGCCCUAGAAAGAUCGGAGCAUCAUGAAUAAGGAGCUAGUGGUGCCGGCGAGAUGUGAGAUAAAGUAGGUUUAACUAUUCUGGACCACUGGCAAUCAUUGAGGGGGGGUGGCGAAAAGACCAAUAUAAAGGCUCAGGGAUUAGGAAGAGAGAAAGUGACAGAGCAGCUAUGAUGCCAUUAGAAUAUGCCCAUUCCCUACAUGACUCUGCCUUGAGAAUCUGCUUAUUCCCCUUGACACCCUAAUUGUCUGCCCAUUCACCUUGAGAAUCUGAUAAUUCACACUGAGACCCAGCAAAUCUGCUUAUUCACCCUGCCAAUCUGGUCAUUCACCCUGCCAGUCUGGUCAUUCACCCUGCCAAUCUGGUCAUUCACCCUGCCAAUCUGCUCAUUCACCCUGCCAAUCUGGUCAUUCACCCUGCCAAUCUGCUCAUUCACCCUGCCAAUCUGGUCAUUCACCCUGCCAAUCUGCUCAUUCACCCUGCCAAUCUGGUCAUUCACCCUGCCAAUCUGCUCAUUCACCCUGGGAAUCAGCUAAUUCACCCUGAGAAUUUGCUAGUUUACUCUGGGAAUCUGAUAAUUCAUACUCAGACCAAUAGAAUCUGCCUAUUCAGCUUGAUACCUUGAUGCUGAAAUAAAACCCUGAAAAUCCCCAUAUAUAUCGAUCAGUUGCUAGACUAGAACAUGUUUUCAAAUGAUGUAUUUAUACAAAAUAACUUUCUCCUCUCAUUUAAUCACAGAAUCAAAAUUAUUCAUGGCACCAGAAACAACAAAGUUUUCGUUCAGCGAGAAAUCAGACGUCUGGUCUAUAGGAAGCAUUAUUCUAGACGUUAUGACAUGCGCCUCACACACAGUAUGUUGGAAAAGAAACCCUUUUACUGUCUGACCAAAUCAUAACAGAAUGGCAGAUGGUUUUAUUUCUUUGUACAUUUAUACUUUAUAAAGAAACUAGGUUCAUAUUAACCGUUUAUAUCAGAAACUAGAAUUCAUAUUAAACGUAGAAACCUAUUUUAUCAAAAGAAACUGUUUUGGUGGAUCCCAUUGGAGUAUAUAUCUCCAUGCAUUUCUGUUACCCUUAUCUUGGGUAGAAAUAGGACGUAUAAGUCUCAUGUCUGCGUGGUAGCUAACGCCAUGUUAAUUCAUCUCAUUCUUGUGCUAAAUCCUAACACUUGAAAAACCUCUAAUCCCUACACUACCCUAACACAUAAACUAACACUAACUCUCAACCCGACACUAACCUAGCACAUUACUCCUAACCUUAAUCCUUACACUACCCUAACACAUAAACUAACACUAACUCUCAACCCGACACUAACCUAGCACAUUACUCCUAACCUUAAUCCUUACACUAACCUAACACAUAAACUAACACUAACUCUCAACCCGACACUAACCUAAUCCUUACACUAACCUAACACAUAAACUAACACUAACUCUCAACCCGACACUAACCUAGCACAUUUCUCCUAACCUUAAUCCCUACACUAACCUAACACAUAAACUAACACUAACUCUCAACCCGACACUAACCUAGAACAUUACUCCUAACCUUAAUCCUUACACUACCCUAACACAUAAACUAACACUAACUCUCAACCCGACACUAACCUAGCACAUUACUCCUAACCUUAAUCCUUACACUAACCUAACACAUAAACUAACACUAACUCUCAACCCGACACUAACCUAGCACAUUACUCCUAACCUUAAUCCCUACACUAACCUAACACAUAAACUAACACUAACUCUCAACCCGACACUAACCUAGCACAUUUCUCCUAACCUUAAUCCCUACACUAACCUAACACAUAAACUAACACUAACUCUCAACCCGACACUAACCUAGAACAUUACUCCUAACCUUAAUCCUUACACUACCCUAACACAUAAACUAACACUAACUCUUAACCCGACACUAACCUAGCACAUUACUCCUAACCUUAAUCCUUACACUACCCUAACACAUAAACUAACACUAACUCUCAACCCGACACUAACCUAGCACAUUACUCCUAACCUUAAUCCUUACACUAAUCUAACACAUAAACUAACACUAACUCUCAACCCGACACUAACUUAGCACAUUACUCCUAACCUUAAUCCCUACACUACCCUAACACAUAAACUAACACUAACUCUCAACCCGACACUAACCUAGCACAUUACUCCUAACCUUAAUCCUUACACUAAUCUAACACAUAAACUAACACUAACUCUCAACCCGACACUAAUUUAGCACAUUACUCCUAACCUUAAUCCCUACACUACCCUAACACAUAAACUAACACUAACUCUCAACCCGACACUAACCUAGCACAUUACUCCUAACCUUAAUCCUUACACUACCCUAACACAUAAACUAACACUAACUCUCAACCCGACACUAACUUAGCACAUUACUCCUAACCUUAAUCCUUACACUAACCUAACACAUAAACUAACACUAACUCUCAACCCGACACUAACCUAGCACAUUACUCCUAACCUUAAUCCUUACACUACCCUAACACAUAAACACAAAUUUUUAACCUGACACUGCCCUAACACUUACAUUGCACCCAGCCUUAACCCCUAUAAUGCCCUAACACUAAUAACACACUAACCCAAGCCUAGAAAAAGAAUGUAAAAUAGAAAAAAAAAGUUAAAGUGCGGGCCUUUACAUAGAUAAAGGCAAUUCCCUGCGGCCUUCGGGGGGAGAGACACUUCUAGAAGGCGGUAGCUGAGCCCAGUGUCUAGAAGUGUCAGGCGUGGGAAAUAUACAAAGACAAAGUAAUUUCAAUGAAAUUCCAACACAGUCAAAAUCAGUAUUUCAUAAAUAUAUAUUCUAUCUUUAAUGGGGGAUGAGAGUGACAAUGACGUUUUAAGGUAAAGCGUGUAUUAUGGCUAAUUAGUGCCGGGUUUCUGGAGACAUUCAUGAGCUAAUCAACCUUCAAUUCAUGGUUUGUUAUGAUGGCAUCAUUUUCCCAUAAAACACAGUUCACUGUUAUGUAGCCUCUCUCUCUCUAAUCAGCUGUGAAAUUAUUUGUAUUCUUUCGUAGGAAACCGAAUCAUCUACUUUGCUACAGGUGAUCAAGGCUGAUCCAUCAGGGUUAGAGAGAGUUUUAAACACACUUCAGCAUGAAACUGGUUACUCGAGUGAACUCUGUGAGGUUUUGCAGAGAAUGUUACAGAUUUGUCCAGAAGACAGAAUUACAGAAAGGUGAGCAUGGGAUUUCUAGGGGCAAACAUAAUGUAACUGUGUGACUGUCUUGUUGUGAUUAUUAUUUGUUCAGUUUGCACUAUACAAUUAUAAUGUAUUUUAAUUUGUUUAUAUCACAUGAUUGACUUAAACCAUAGAUGGCUAUAUAGUAUGCAAUAGACAAAAAAAAUAGUCUCAGCUCUUUAUUCCAAUUCAACUUGCUUUUAAAACACACCCAAACUAAUCAAUUCAUUUGGGAUUUACCUGUAGAAUCGUAUAAAUUUAAUAAGACACAACAGGUAAAACCCAGACUAAUCAAUUUGUUCGGGUGUGGUUUAAAGACUUUGAUUCCAAUGAACUGGCUGACGGAAUUUUUGCACUUAUCCCAUGUGGAUUUUUAUGUAUAGCGAUUUUGGUGGCUCCUCAGCCUACAUCAGUGGAUGGUUUGGCAGGAUAUUUCAUAAUGUUACAGAGCCAUAGAAACAUAGAAUGUGACAGCAGAUAAGAACCAUUCGGCCCAUCUAGUCUGCCCAAUUUUCGAAAUACUUUCAUUAGUCCCUGGCCUUAUCUUAUAGUUAGGAUAACUUUAUGCCUAGCCCACGCAUGCUUAAACUCCUUCACUCUGUUAACCUCUACCACUUCAGCUGGAAGGCUAUUCCAUGCAUCCACUACCCUCUCAGUAAAGUAAUACUUCCUGAUAUUAUUUUUAAACCUUUGUCCCUCUAAUUUAAGACUAUGUCCUCUUGUUGUGGUAGUUUUUCUUCUUUUAAAUAUAGUCUCCUCCUUUACUGUGUUGAUUCCCUUUAUGUAUUUAAAUGUUUCUAUCAUAUCCCCCCUGUCUCUUCUUUCCUCCAAGCUAUACAUGUUAAGAUCCUUUAACCUUUCCUGGUAAGUUUUAUCCCGCAAUCCAUGAACCAGUUUAGUAGCCUUGCUCUGAACUGGUUCAUGGAUUGCACGAUGAAACUUCCUAGGAAAGGUUAAAGGAUCUUAACAUGAUUUGUUGUAUGGCAUGUCAUCAUAAAACUCAAAUAAAAUAUUAGAAUAUAAAAAAACAAAAAACAUGUAUAGCUUGGAGGAAAGAUGAGACAGGAGGGAUAUGAUAGAAACAUUUUAAAUACAUAAAGGGAAUCAACACAGUAAAGGAGGAGAUUAUGUUUAAAAGAAGAAAAACUACCACAACAAGAGGACAUAGUCUUAAAUUAGAGGGACAAAGGUUUAAAAAUAAUAUCAGGAAGUAUUACUUUACUGAGAGAGUCUGGGACACCCUGUUAGUAUUGGUAUCUAGGGUGAAAAUCCAGUCCAGAUAGGUCUCCGCUAUUUUGUCUUUUCCCGAUCUGCUGCAGUUUAUGUGGAUACCUUUGACUGGGAUUCUGUAUAUAGUAAUGAAAAGGGAUUCUGUGUGAAUGUAACAAACAUUUUAAUGCAUUUUAACGCUUUAAACAAAUACAUUAACAAAUUAAUAAGAGACAAUCAUCUCUAAAUAUCUCUCUUGUCCAACAAAUCCUCUGUUUCCAGUACCUGGAUACGUUCUCCCAGCCCAUCUUGACCUAUCUGCAUAUUCCCGUUGGAAAAAUGUCUCUUCCCAUAAACCUCUGCAGCGGCUUCCAUUCACUUGCAGGAGUGGGUCUAGUUAUCUCCUUCAGUGAAUGCAAUGUACACGCCUCAUGUUAGUUUGUAUCUCUUUUUUUUUCUUAAAAGAGGGAGACAGUGAUGUGGAGCUGUACUGCAAGCAGUUUUUGCAGUUUAUUUUCGCAAUUAAAUGUUUUAUUAGAGUUUUUCAAUGCAAUAAAAAUAAGUCACCUAGAUAUAAGAACAUAGAAAAGUUGCAUAAUAUCACAUUAGGGUAAUAAAAACAUGCAUAACAGAGCUUUAUACAUGACCCCAGGCUGGAUCUCCCAUUGGGCACAGUAGGCCCUCACCUACAGGGUCCUGAUCACUAGGGGGUGCCUGUUAUCAGCACUUAUAAUGUGCUCAUUUGAGUUGGUGGGGAUAGAUAAAUAUUUGGAGCCUUGACCAGUGGCUUCUGUUAGCUGAGAUAGCAGAGCUGCUGGACAAAAAGAGGAAAGGAUCGCCUUCCAACUGCCUAGUAGUAACCUCUGACCCAGGAAAUUCAUUGUGGGAGGAGUGGGGGAGCUCUCAGUGAUACUCACUGUGUAACCAAUUCCUCCAGCUCCCAAAUCUAUCUUAGAGGCUGACUGAGCUACACAAGACUUAGGAGGGUGAGUACUUUGUAAAUAAGCAUGCAAAGCCUAAAUAUUAGAAUUAACCUUUUACCUCUUAAAAACAAAACCCCUAAUGUACUCCAAUACUAUAUUUAACCAAACUCUAACCCUAAACUCAAUAAUCCGAAAACACACCUGUACCAAAAUGCUAAAUUUAAAUGUGUAUUCCGGACACUAUAGGUUUAAAUAACUGCUUUAGACCCCUGGCUUCCUCAUAACUCCAGUUAAAAAGGUGAUUUACUCACUAUUUCCACUGCUGAGCGGGUUCCAGUUGCGGCUGGCUCCUCCUCCUUGGCAUAGAUCAUCAAACUUGAUGAUCUAAGCCAAUCUAAUGCUUUCCCAUAGGGAAGCAUUGGGAGGCUAUCGCUAAUGCUUGGCACAACAUCGCUCUGCACCAAUCAGCACCUCCUCAUAGAAAUCCAUUGAUUCAACAUUCAGCGCCUCCAUACAGAGUGUGGAGACGCUGACCGUCAAAGACCCAGGAAGCACCUCUAGGGGCCGUCUGAGUGAUGGUCACUGAGUGAUGGUGUUUACAUUACAGCCUAGGGACUGUGAAGUGUCCCUAGGCUGUAAUGUAAACACUGCUUUUUCUCUGACACCCCUUUACCCUAACCACUUGUAACAGGAAGGGACAGGAAGUGCCUUAGAAUUUUGUGCCUGCCGACGCCUGACUUGUAAAUCUAGCCCUGCAUGACCUAUUCAAUAAGAUCUAUUCAGAGACUCCCAGGGACUAGUACACAAAUAAAGAGGAGAAGGGGGAGGAGGAAUAAAAGGAAUGAAUGGGGAGGGAGAUGGACAAGGGAUGGGGGAGGGAAAAGUCACCUGCACACAAACUGAGUUAGGGAAAAACAGCUGUUUAUAAAAAACAAACACACUUCUGGAAUCAUGCAUAAUGUCAGGCGUAUUGCAUUGUCACUCAUCUUUUGGAUACAGACCAGAGGGUUGGCCUAUGCAUCUAGAAUACAAAGUGUUUCUGCGUGUACAAACAUACAAACCUAAGUCCUGUGCUCAAACUCCCACUACUCCUGGGCGGCAGCAAUGACCUUAGUACUCAUCAGCCACAAUACAUAGCGUAAUUUUUUUUUAACCCCUUAAGGACACAUGACGUGUGACAUGUCAUGAUUCCCUUUUAUUCCAGAAGUUUGGUCCUUAAGGGGUUAAAAGUUUAAAAUCUUGCUAUCCAUAAUUCCUAUGCACAUUUAAAUAACUUGAGGUUUUUUUGUAUAAUUUCAAUGAACAUUAAAGUGUAAGCUCCCUUUUUGUGUCUGUAUAUAUACUUUGCUCAGUGCAGGACACUGUGACUAAAAGUAAAACCAACAGAAGUUAGUUUGACAGACACAAACUGAGUAACAUGGGAGAUUUAGAUACAGGUGGGACAUAGACAGAUUAUGUGUUAUCUAGCAGACUUAAAACAGAAAUUGGGUUUUGGUAAGAUUGGCAGAAUAGUGAGCUUAAGAUAAGUUUCAGAGAAAGUCUGAAGAAUGAGGAGAGGGAAAGAAUCCAAAAUAAGGUACCAGGAAGUUCUAGAGGUGUGUGGGGCAGUUCUGUGAGUUUUAGAGAUGUAAAGCAUCUUUGUGAGUUCUACGGGAGCGGGCAGCUCUAUGAGUUCUAGAGUAAUGGGCACCUCUGUGAGUUCUAGAAGAGUGGGCAGCGCUGUGAGUUCUAGAGUAAUGGGCACCUCUGUGAGUUCUAGAAGAGUAUGCAGCUCUGUGAGUUCUAGAGUAAUGGGCAGCUCUGUGAGUUCUAGAAGAGUGGGCAGCGCUGUGAGUUCUAGAGUAAUGGGCAGCUCUGUGAGUUCUAGAAGAGUAUGCAGCUCUGUGAGUUCUAGAGUAAUGGGCACCUCUGUGAGUUCUAGAAGAGUGGGCAGCUCUGUGAGUUCUAGAGUAAUGGGCACCUCUGUGAGUUCUAGAAGAGUGGGCAGCUCUGUGAGUUCUAGAGUAAUGGGCAGCUCUGUGAGUUCUAGAGUAAUGGGCACCUCUGUGAGUUCUAGAAGAGUGGGCAGCUCUGUGAGUUCUAGAGUAAUGGGCAGCUCUGUGAGUUCUAGAAGAGUGGGCAGCUCUGUGAGUUCUAGAGUAGUGGGCAGGUCUGUGAGUUCUAGGGAGUGGGCAGCUCUGUGAGUUCUAGAGGAGUGGGCAGCCCUGUGAGUUCUAGAAGAGUGGGCAGCUCUGUGAGUUCUAGAGUAAUGGGCAGCUCUGUGAGUUCUAGAAGAGUGGGCAGCUCUGUGAGUUCUAGAGUAGUGGGCAGGUCUGUGAGUUCUAGGGAGUGGGCAGCUCUGUGAGUUCUAGAGGAGUGGGCAGCCCUGUGAGUUCUAGAGGAGUGUGGCAACUCUGUGAGUUCUGGAGAUGUGAAUCAUCUUUGUGAGUUCUAGAGGAGUGAGCAGCUCUGUGAGUUCUAGAGGAGUGGGCAGCUCUGUGAGUUCUAGAGAUGAGAAGCAGUUCUGGUAGUUCUAGAGGCGUGAAGCAGUUCUAUUAGUUCUACAGGAGUGGUGCAGCUCUGAGAGCUCUAGAGGUGUAAAGCAGUACUUUUAGUUCUAGACAUGUGAGUCUGCUGUGUGAGUUCUAGAAAUGUGAAGUAGUUCUUUUAGUUCUAGAUGUGUGAGUUCUAGAGAUUUAAAGCAGUUCUGUAAAUUGUACUGGCCUUCUCCCUUAGGGGGCAUGGUUCCCGCUAGAUAUCACUACACGUGUCACACAAACGCAAAGCACGCCUCCAUCUGAGCGUUCAUUCUAGCUCUAAUACACUUAGGCCAAUACUAAUCUUCCUGUCAAAGUAGAAACUAUUUUCUUCACACUUUCACUCUCUGUUAUGUUAAUCUGCAAUCUACUCGUUAAAUUUAAAAAUUGGGCUGCCAUCAUAUAACCCAUGCUGAUGCUAUAUUACGUUGCCAUUGGGCUUAUUAUAGCUGUCGUGGCAAAAAUAAAGAGUAAAAAAAUAUAUCUGAACUGGAGAAUUUUGGCAUUUUGGUGUACAUAUUUCAUUUUUUUGUCAAUUGUCCACAAUUCCCUGAUUAGUAAUGCCUGCGAUGUCUGUAUUGCUACGUAAUUUGUUUCAUAUCAUACAUAAUAAAUUCUUUUGUUUUUAGCUUGACUCUAACUAUUUUCUAUUUUUUUUUUUUUGGACUAUAGUGACUUGGUGAAUCACCCUUAUAUUAAAAUUUGCUUGACCUUUAUUGGGUCUCCUUUGGCUGGGAUUAAAAAACGGUUGCCACCUGAACUGGCAGACAAGAUGCAAGAAACCGAGAACGUUUCAGGUAAAAUAAAUCUCGGUAACACUGGUAACAAUUAGUGAUGUCCCGAACGGUUCGCCACGGACUCAUCAUUGAGUAAACUUUGACCCUGUACCUCACAGUCAGCAGACACAUUCCAGCCAAUCAGCAGCAGACCCUCCCUCCCAGACCCUCCCACCUCCUGGACAGCAUCCAUUUUACAUUCAUUGUGAAGCUGCAUUGUUAGUGAGCUGUCCAGGAGGUGGGAGGGUCUGAGAGGGAGGGUCUGCUGCUGAUUGGCUGGAAUGUGUCUGCUGACUGUGAGGUACAGGGUCAAAGUUUACUCAAUGAUGAGUCCGCGGCGAACCGUUCGGGACAUCACUAGUAACAAUUAAUUCAUUAAUGUAUAUAGUAUGGUUAAGCCUGGGCUGGUUAUUAUCAGAUGUGAAAACUCUGUAAUUAUCUUGGUUGAGGAAUGUGAAAUUGCCUUGUCCUUUCUGGGCAGGAAAGGGGGUAUCCUGAAAUGGGCACUUAGUCAGUUUGGGGGUAGAACCAUGCACAGAGUGCGUGCCUGGUACUGCUACUUAAUGAUGGGCAGAGAAUGGGGUGUUGGUCAAAAGACCUGGCAAUAAGCUUCCAAACCCAGUAUUACAGAGGAAAAUCUGGCAGGUUUCCAGUUGUGGUUAUUUAAAAAUGAUAAGGGUUAUAAGUAAGGAGGGGUGUAGACCUCAGACUUCCCCAAUCCCUAAACAGUAACAUUUAAAAAAAAAUAUCCCUACAAUUUGUUCUCCAUGAUUUGGUAAAAUUAUUUUAAACUUUAAUGAAAAUGUUCAAUUGUAAAAUAAUAUCCCUGCUGAAUACCGUCCUGUGCUGCAUUCUCUUUUGGUUUUAGUAGCGCCCUCGCUGUCUGUUACAGAGUACAUGGAGAAGUAUAGCGAAUAUGAAGAAGCGCAGAUGUCCGCACUCAAACACCUGUCCAGCCGUGCAGCACACCCAGAUGGUAUGUUGGGCAAUUAGCAGAAUAUUUUAAAGUGUCUCCUUCACACCCCACCCCAAAAUUCGCAUUUCUAAAAUAUAAAAAAAUGCUUAGAAAGACUGUGUUGAAACAGUCAAAAUAUAUCUUAAGACAAAGUAGCGACUACUUUGUUUUGUAUACUUUUCCUAUGCUUGACAAAGCUUGACAAAAAGGCGGAGUCCCACUCUCAACCUUUGUCAAGCACUCAGCCUGUACCAGUGAUAGCUGAAGUAAAACUCUCUGUCUUGGGAGGGAUCCUUCAUAGACAUCAGUCUAGUGUGAGAGUACAGCACUGACUCCAGGAAGAUAAAGCACCAGGAGUUGAACAGGACCCUGCAGAAGAAGAUAACAGUGGCCACGAGGGACAGGCUCUGGUAAGUAAAACUCACUUAUCCCUGCAUCAUGCGGCCACCGCACUACAAGCGGCAAAUACACCAAAAAAAUAUGCUAAGACCUCAGAAGGUGACAGAGCUGUUUUAAAGAGACCCUCCUGAAUUUAAACCAUUUUAAAAGCAUUAUAAAAAUCCAAGCUUACACUACCGUGCUAGGCCUUAAAAAGUUACUUGCCACCACAUGCCUGGAGGCUCCAUUGACUGAUGGCUGUCCUUAGCCUUCAAUCAAGUUAUGCAGCAGGAGCAGCCAUUGAAGCGCUGAUUGUGCUGCCAGGAAAUUACAUCCAUAAUUUUAAACAGUUGCCUCAUCGAUACAACAAUAAUUUAAAGGGACACUGUAGGCACUAUAACAAUUUCAUCAAACUGAAUUGGUUAUAGUGCCUGGAGUCCUCUGGCGCUGUCCCAUCAUUCAGCGUUAAACUAUUUUGGAGCAGUGUAACACUGAAUGAGAGUCCCUGGCUUCCCAUACCCCCAGCCCCGCUGGAGGUGUGCCUAAGGCAGAGAUUGCACUUCCUUCUAGCCAUAUCGAUUCAUACCAGCAAUGGGCGCUGUGAUAGGCUGAAACUGGUCAGAUGACACUCUCAGCCAAUCCCAUCCACUUGUUGCUGCUCAGGCUAAUGCUGUUGACUUGUAUAGCAUUAAAACAGUAAAAACGAUUUAACACUGAAUGGGGAAAAUAGGCUCGCCAGACACAAUAGAAAAAAACAAGCAAAGGGGUCAGGGCUAUUCAACCAAAUCAAUACACAGGCAAAGAAGAAGGCAGCACACCUAAGUAAUGAGGCUCCCCCAAAAAACUCCAACAUGGUUUAAGACAGUACAGCAAAAGGAAAAGGGAAGGUAGCGCCAAGACACAAUAGCCACUUUAAAGGACCACUCUAGGCACCCAGAUCACUUCAGCUUAAUGAAGUGGUCUGGGUGCCAGGUCCCUCUAGGAUUAACCCUUUUUUUUUUUUUUUUAUAAACAUAGCAGUUUCAUAGAAACUGCUAUGUUUAUAAUAGGGUUAAUCCAGCCUCUAAAGCCUCUAGUGGCUGUCUCACUGACAGCCGCUAGAGGCGUUUGCGUGCUUCUCACUGUGUUAGAAGAAUACAACACUGAGUUGAUUCUCUAGUCAACCUGUAACGCUGAAAUUUUCCUCCUACAAAUGGUGUGUUAACCAAAUUAGCUAUCUCACUAGUGCAAUGCUUUCAUUCUCCUUUAUAAAAUGAUAUUUGCUGUAAUAUUUGUUGUUCCACUGCAGGUUUACCGUGUGAAGGAGAGUUAGUCCGUCUUAUAGAGCAGGCUAUGAGAUUACACGCCGAUUCUUUAGACAUACAGCUGGAGGGGAGCAAGAUUCUGAAACAUAUUGUAAGAAAGGGUGAGAAAUGAAUCCCUUGCUGUUUUACCUUUGAACUUUUCAGGAAGAUAUGUGAUGUUUAUUAUUUUCUUUAUUAUUUAUUAUUAAUUAUUUUCAAUAUUUAGUCUUCUCGGCCUCAAUCCAUUAUGAGAUCAGCAUCCAUCAUUUUAAUAUUUCUCGUAAAUUCCCCAGAAAUACCUUUACAAUAAGAAGUAGUCAAUGCAAACCAGUAAACAUCAUGACAACCCAUAGGUACCUCUAUGGAGUUGGAAAAAUACCGUAUUUACUCGAAUCUAAUGCGCACCUUAAUUUUUGAAAACUGGAAGCGGAAAAAUGUCUUGGUGGCGAAUGUAAGUUUGAGAACUUUAUUUUCCAAGAAAGGUGCCCAUUAGAUUUGAGUAAAUACAGUAUAUUAAGAAUUGUUGAAGAGGUUUGCGAGAUAUAUGUAAUAAUAGAUUUCAUCAUACCUGCUUGUGAAUGUGUUACUUGGCAAAUUACACACCUGUCACCUUCUCAUGAGUCUUGCACCGGUUUUGCAUGUUACAAAGAUACACAAAACAAGCAGUUGGUCAGCAAUAUUAAUUCAGUUGCAUUUUGGUAUUGUUAUAUUCUGUUUUAGUGCUGAAAGAAGGUGAAGGUGGCGACGGAUUUGUAAAUAACGAACUUUUGACUACUUUGGUUGGCGCAGUAAGGCGUUUUCAUGAAAGCAAGGAGCUGGCAUUCCAGAUUCUUAGUGUACUGGCCACGAUGUCCGCAAACAGUAAGAGAUAAUGUUUUAAGCAUUCCCUCUCUAUCGAAAAAGGUUCACAUGCUGAAAAAGUAGGCCAAAAUGGCCAAUUUGGAAAAAUGUUUAGAUUCUCACCAGGCUAUUUUGGUUUAUGUUUUGAAUUUCCUUUGUCAGUCUUUGGGCUUUUGUUUUUUUGUAAAACAGGAAAUGUACAAAUGCUUACAUAAAUAUAUAUUAAAACUUCUCUUACUGCAUUAUUUUAUAUAAAAGGCCUUUACAUUUAGACAUUAUUGACCAUAUAAGGUCAGGUAACGUCAUGGGAUAAUUUUUGGGAAAUGUUUCCAUAACUAGAACUCUCCUUUUUAGUUUUUUAGUAUAACAGGUUUUUUUUGUAUAGUUUUAAAGGUUGAAUCAUUUAGUAAUUAAUCAUAUAUAUAUAUCUUUAACCUUGACCUGCAGAGAGUGGCAGGAGGCAAAAUGUCCCAAAUAAAUGGAUUAAUCUUAUAAAAGCAGGCAUUAGGUGCUAGAGUAGGACCUGCCAAGAAUGGGGUACAUUGACGUUGUGGCAGGUUUAUUCAAUGUAUGAUCAAAUACUAUAACUAAACCCAGUGGUGUAUUUAGGUUUUUGUGCUGUUCUAGGCAGGACGGCGCUCGGGCACCUCCGCCAAUUUAAAUUUUCCCCACCCCUUCCUGUCAAGGCCGCACUUUGACUGACAGACGCUCACUCACUGACAGGCGCACACUCACUGACAGACACACACUCUCAUAUACACUGACAAACAAUGACAUACACACACUCACUGAUUUGACACACUGAUAGACAGACAUACACUUACUCGGACACACACUCCCUGACAGACGCACGCACUGACUGACAGACACACACGCUCACAAACAGACGCACGCAAUGACUGACUGACUGACAUACAUACUCGCUGACACACACACACACUCACAUUCACUGACUCACACACUCACUCACAUUCACUGACACACAUUCACUCACAUUCACUGACAUACACUCACAUUCACUGACACACAUAUUCACUCACACACACAUUCACUGACACACACACACACUCACUCACAUUUACUGACACACACAUUUCCUCACACUCACAAUUAUUCUUCUUCUUAUUAUUUUUUUUAAAAUUUAAAUCCAAUUUAAAAUUUAAAUGGGAUAGCUGGGUGGAUUUCUCACCUGGGGUUCAGUGGGGCUGCUGGGCAGGGAGGCGGCCGGACGUGCAGGCAGGCAGGCGGGCAGUGGUUUCCUGGGCAGGUGGCGAGGGUGCACUUUCCCCUGAGCUCUCUGCUCAGCUUCCUCAGAUUGUUCAGAUCCCGGCAUCAUUGCGGGUUGCGCGAGGGAGCUGAGCAAAGAGCUCAGGGGAACGUGCUGCCUCGCCGCCCGCCCAGGAAACCACUGCCCGCCUGCCCCGGGGCGUUUUUUGCUGCCCCCUGGAAAUUUCCGCCCAAGGUAAAUGCCUUGUUUGCCUCGUUGUAGACACAUCCCUGACUAAACCCCCAUUCUUUUUUGCCUAGGUGAGGUGUUUUUAAAUAAAACCAUUAAAACAUUUUUUUUUUAGAUAAGACUGCAGAACUUUUGGAAAAAAAUGGAUUUCUCCAGGAUGUUGUGAAGAUACUGGAGGACUCACAGGAUAGCACAGAUCUAUGUACGCCGAGCUGUGACCUGUUGUGGAGUAUGGCUAUGACAGGUGAGUACUAAGAUCUUUGUUACAAUGGUUGUAGGUGGAGGAGCAUUGACCAUGCUUGUCCCAUGGUGUCCAAACCCCAGAUGACCUUCUCAUUGAUGCCUACCUUGUAGAGCCUUGUCUUCCUUUCUAAAUAGCAGGAUACUCUGUCGGCCACUGACAACACUGGGACAUGUCUUCAUAUACCAGCAUCAUCCAUGACUGAUUCCCUUGUGAAUACACGAACCAUAGAUUUAUAAAAGAGGCAAGAACUCUUGCUCCUUUCUGAUAUGAAGGAUUGUGCCGUGAAUCUCAUUUUUCGUCCCACGGUCUUAAGUUUUGUCUACACAUGAACUAGAGAUGAGGCUGGUGAACACCACAACGUGUCUUAAAAUCUCCAUCCAAAAUAUUUUGUUCUUGUAGCGAUGAUAUAUGAAUUUAGAGAUGGAAUUGCCUAGGGCCCAGGUCAUAGCUAGGGGGAAAAAAGCAUUUUUGUAUUGAUGAAAAAUAAGUAUUUCCCCAUUGUCUUACAGAAAGGCCUUCUGACGUUGAACUGCUGAAAUAUAGCGUUGAAGUAAUCCUUUCUCUCAUCAGAAACAAUCUCUACGAUGUGUCAUUAAUGACAUCAGCCUUCUACUGCCUCUGGAUACUGUGUCUGAAAGGUGGCUUCCACAUCUAAAGCUAUUGACCUAAAAAUGUCCAUGCAUAUCUUAUCAGUAUGUAAAAUAUCCUAUUUGUCAUUUGUAGGUUACGUGUCAGAGAAACAGAUCGAGCCGGUAAUAUUUGUGUGUUUGGAAUGUUAUCAACAUAAUCGGAUUGAGAAUGUUCUAAUUAAAAACAUCUGUUUGAUACUGGCCAACCUGGUGCGAAAUUACGGUACUUACCACAAGUCCUUGCAUGCGGUUAUAGCCGAUACCGUUCAUUUGAUGGUUUUAAAAAUAUUUUACAUAUUUGUUUUGUAUACUAGGGAUCAACUUUUUAUAUUUUGCGAUUUCAGAAAUGGCAGCGUAUCAAGCCAUAUUACCAGUUUCUGGAUGGAAUUGCAUUCACCAUGCUAAAGACAUUUAUCGUUAUUUCUCUUGGAAUCCAGAGAUCGUGGAGAAUAUCUGUAUUCUGUUUAAUGAGAUGGCCCAAUAUGGUGAGUUUCUCGCUUGCAUCAUUUUAUGCACAACUGGAUCUACACAAAGAACACAUCUGUUAGAAAUGGGAUAGCCUAUCGGACUUAGUCAAGGAUCUCUUGCUAAAGUCUGUUUCCUGUAAUAUUUUGGCUGAAGCGGAAGUACGAUCUGUUGGACAUAAUUGUUCUAGCAUCAUGAAAGUGGUUGUCCUACAGGUAAAAUGGAAAGACUAGGGGUGAGCACAGAUCACAAAAAACAUACAAUCAGUUAUUAGAAGAAAAAACAUGGUUUAUGCACUGCACUCAACUUUAAAUUGUCAGGAAUUCAACAUGGUAAAGAAAAACGAAAAUAUUUAUAUUCAAAAGGAUAAAAAAUAGGAUCUGGCUGAUAAAAGAUCUACAAAAAAGAAAAACAAUACAUAGUGCAGUAAUGCAUAUAACUAAUUUCUGUGUUUUAAAUUGUUGCACUCACCCAUCGCUCUAUGGGGGCCUUCCCCGAUGCAGGUGGGUGAUAAAAGCCUCUUCGUCUGUUUGGAAUCGCCCAAUUCAGGAACGGACUCAGGAAUCCAGAUGUAGUAAUGUGAAAAUACUUUUAUUGUAACAGCGUAUAGCAAACAUAAAUCUAUUAAAAAUAUAUAUUUAAAAGGUUCCAAGGUCCUAUGCGUUUCGUUCUAUAUAUAAGAACUUCAUCAGAGUCCCAAAAACUUAAAACAAAGUAAAACAGAUCAAAGCUGCAAACAGCCCGACUCAAAUAUAUUGAAAUAUUUACUUAUUUUUUAUUUAUGUUUGCUAUAUGCUGCUACAGUAAAAGUAGAGAUCAGCUGUUUAUAUUUUGUGGUAUUAGAAAUGGCAGUGUAUCGAGCCUUAAUACCAAUGAGCCGGAUCCUAUUUUUAACCCCUAGUGGUAAGGAAGCACCGGGGACCUCCAUAACAUCUUUAUAUCAAGGAAGUUGUUAUGGUCACCAGUGUUCCUUUAAGUCAAAAUAGCUGAAACAGAGAAAUCCUACUUAAGAUUUUUUUCAUGUGGCUAUUUAGGCCAAAGUUUUGUAACUCAUUUAUCAAUUUACUGUUUAGUGAAUAAACCCCAUAGCUUACAAUUAAAUCAGCGCUGGCAGGUAUCACAAGGAAGAGUAGCGCUUCAUUUAUUUUAUACAGUUGUUUGCAUUUUACACUAAAAUCUCAGCACAUUGGCAGCAUUGUAAAAAACCAAAACACACGAAAAACAAAUCUACAGAAUGUAGGGACAGAUCUGAUAACAAACAAUGGUGGACUCCACAAUAGCAAAUAAGGGAACAGAUCUUAAAGGGAUUAAACCAAAACUGAUCCUGUAAACCUGUCCUGUGUUCCAGAAUUCACAUUGCCAGAACUGCGGUCGUUUGAGAUAGACGAAAUCAUGCAGGAAGUAAAAGUCAAAAAUGAUGGAAUACGGGUAUGUAGAUCUCUCUCUGUGUACAAUGGCUUGAUUUAAUCGUCCGUAAGAUGUGUGCUGAGGCAGGUAUAUAUACGUGACAUCUGUUUCCUCCAACCGCUCUCAGUUUAUUGGACUUUAGGAAACAUCGUUCCUUUAUUUUUUUCUUUUUUACUUCUUUAUUUUAUUUUCAUUUUCAUUUAUGUAAAGGUAACAUAGGUAAACGUUCAAUAGGUAACAAGAAAUUGGUUUACAAUUUAGGCAAAGGUAAGGAGUAGGACGAAGAGAUCAGGUCAUAACAUUACAUUGCAGGCCUGUAUUACUGCAGGGUGUCAGUGAGCUAUGUUUAAGGUAACAUCGAUACCCUCAUUUGUUUUCAAGGUUUCAUAGCCCUUGCGAUUGGUCCCAUGAGGAAUUUUUGUAUAUGUUGUCAUUAGGGUAUCGCUAUUGGGGGGUUAUGUCCGGCCUGAUCUUAAAAGGGUUGUCUCAUCCAGGUUGGGGUGCCUUCUUUUUGUGAUCAGUGGUCCCCUGUGCUGUCAUUUAGGAUUUGUCAUUGUGGGGGUGUGGUUUUCUGGGUUAUGGCCUGAUAUAAGGAUUAUUGAGAAUAGUAAUUUUCAGGUGUUAGUAGAAGGCAGGGAGAUCUGAAUGGGAGUGGGUAGGAGGCCGUGUGUGUGCACCCGGCUGCCGGGCCCUGCCCUCCCCCCCCCACCCUUCCCCCUGGUAAGGUCGGAGGGGUUGCGAGGAGGAGUAAGGCCUGGCGGGGCGGGCAGCAGGAGAGGGGAGAGUCAUGGCAGUAAGUAUUUCUGGGUUUAAUUGUGGUCUGUGUCGCUGCGGGUGUGUAUGGCUACCAAGGGAACUUUGUGGAACGUUUUAGGGGUUUUGUGUAUUUGUGCCGUAAGUCUGUCCAUGUCCAGGUUUUCUUGUGUAUCCCUUUAUGUAGGGGUAUAUUGGUGGAUGCCCAUACUCCUCCAAUUGCCCUGCGUGUGGCCAGGGCUACUCGUGCUAUUAGUUUAUUUUCAUUGAAUGUUCAAUAAGAUUGAAUGUUCAAUAUCCACCCAUCAUUUCUUCAUGGGUGGCAGGUGCCACAUCUGAAUUUGGGUCAAAUGUGCCACGUAAAGCUAAUGUAAGAAGUUAGGGAGGCCCAGCCCACCCGACUUCCUAGGAACAUAUAAUGUUUCCCUGCGAACUCUGGGUUUGGUGCCAUUCCAGAUACAUUUAUUAAUUGCGUUCUGCAGGGAUGUAAGGUCCGCUCUACGGAACGAGACAGGGAGGGUCUGGAAGACGUAUAAAAAACGGGGUAGGAGAUUCAUCUUGACAGAAGCGACACGGCCCAGCCACAAGAUCCCCAAUGAUUCCCAUGCUUUGAGAUCAGCGUAUGCCUUUGCAAGCAUUGGAGCGUAGUUUGUUCGGUACAGGGCUGUGACGUCUGGGGUGAGUUGUAUGCCUAGGCAGACUCACAUAUUCGUAGGGGGAAUUUUUCUUUUAGAUGUGUGAGGUCAGCGCUAGAUAUGUGAAUCGUGAGGAGCUAAGAUUUUGUUAUGUUCAGCUUAUACCCCGAGAUAAGGGAGUACGAGUGUAUCAGUUGUAAUAAAUGGGCUAGGGAGGUGGCCGGGUUAGUUAGGGUUAAGAGGACGUCAUCUGCAUAUGCAGAAACUUUAUAGGGCUGGCUUCUGAUGUUUAUCCCCUUUAUGCCCGGACUGGACCGUAUCGCCUCCAGCAAGAGCUGUAGGGAUAUGGGGAACAAGAAGGGGAAAAGUGGGCAUACCUGUCUCGUCCCCUUAGAGUUGGUAAAUCUGGGGAGGUUAAUGUUGGGGAGAAGGAGAGCUCCCUGUGAAUGGCAGUAGGUGGCCUCUAGGAAUAUUAAGAAUUGCGAUGGGAAUCCGAAUUGUGUGUGGAAGAGGAAGGGCCAGAUCGAAUGCCUUCUCGGUGUCCAGGGAUAUUAUUGCUGUGGAGUUGUGUCUGUGAUUUGCGAACCAUAUUAGGUCUAUGGCCCUCCUGGUGUUGUCUGCUGCUUGCCUAUUGGGGAUGAACCCCACCUGGUCAGGAUUGAUUAGUGAGUUAAGGAGGGGAUUAAUCCUAUUGGCCAUCACCUUGGUUUUGAUUUUUAAGUCAACAUUUAAUAACGAUAUUGGCUGAAAUGACCUGGAACGUCGUGACGCUUGUUGGGUUUUGGGAGAAGGCAAAUGUUGUCUGAGACCAUGUCCGUCGAGAGUUUGUCACUUUGUAGCAUGGCAUUGAAUACUGCACAUAGGUGUUUCAGUAAGUGUUCGCUAAAGGUUUUGUAGUACAGGGCCCCAAACCCGCCUGGGCUCUUGUUGGGCUUAAAGGAACGAAGGACAAUGGUAAUUUCUUCAACCAUCACUUCCUCUGUCUAGGCCUGGCUGGAUGCCGUGGGCAGGGAGGGGAGUUUCAAUUAUUUUCAAUUCUGUGUGACGUUUCCGUCGUGCUAACAUGGAGCCGGCUUUUUUUUUUUCAAAAAUGUUUUGUUUAAGCCAGAGGGAGGGCCUUAGAAGUGUCUUCUCGGGUGAAGAGCUUUAAGAGUUCCCUGGCUGCUGUCAGUUGGCCAAGACAGGUCAUGUUUGGGUCUGAUUUAUGGUGAGCUUCCAGGCGGUGGAUUUCCACCAUGGUAUCUGUGAUCUGUUGUAUUCGGCUUUUCUUUCUGGCUGUUGCCAGGCUAAUUAACUUUCCACAGAUUACCGCCUUGUGUGCUGUCCAUAGGGUUAUAGGGGAUAUCGCCUUGGGGUCGGUAUUAAAUUCAAAAUAGUCUGUAAUGUCUUUAGAUAUACUCCCGGUUAGAUCAUUGUUGUGCAAUAAUAAGGGGUUUAAUUACCAAGUCCAGGGCCGGGUCAAGAUAUGAAUGUGUAGUAUCAGGGAUAUGUCUGCAUGAUCCGACCAUGAGUUUGAGCAAGUGCUGGUGGCGACUACUUGAGAAAGGGUGUUUGGGGCCACCAAGAAGUGGUCGAUUCGGGAAUAUGAUUUGUGCGAAUAAAAUUUGAAAUUUUUGGCGGAUGGGUGUUGAGCCCUCGAUAAGUCUAUGAGGUUUCGGGAGGUGGCUACUGGGCUUACAGUCUAGGCCAGUAGAGUAUGACCGCUUCAUGUAUGGCGCGGAUACAGAUGUUAGGGGAAAUGUAGUCUAUGAACGAGGAAAGGUAGAAACAGAGGGUCCACGGAUAGUCGUUUUCGGGCAAGUCUUCGUCAUCAUGCCCAGGUGCCCCACCCAUCAUGUUCAGUUAUGCAUAUUUAUAACAAUAUAACAGCAAUUAAAAGAAUAGGAGAAACAUAAUUAAAAAAAUGUAAAAGGGGGAACACUGGGGUGAACCAUGGCUGCUACUGUUCAUUCUAUUCAGAUACACCCAGAGCUGCAGCAUUAGAGUUGGUUAAAGGCUUAAGCUAUCCUGUUGAACAGUGCUCCCUGGGAAAACCAACUACAUUGAAAUAGCAAGCUUGGUGCACUUUGCAGAGCUUAGGUUUCCAAUUGAGAUCAUUGCUAAUGGGUAGCUAAGAGGGGGCGGCAGGCCGAGGCCCGCUAGAGCAUAUACAUUAUACCUCCAAGAGGGGAUAUCAGUACAGUAUUAUGGGGGAGAGGGACAUAUUGUGAGCGAAUAAACAACACAUCUCAUUCUUAUCUCUGUGUUGUGGAUGGUAUCUGCAUCGGUCAUGUGGAGGUUUAGGACAGUCUCUUUGCCGCCAAUUGUGUGGAAUCUUGGGUUUGUAAGUCGUCUGGUUACUGAGGCUCAAUUAGGAGCGGCAGUCUGGGAGGGUUGUUCUUCUGAGGAAGCUGAUACAUGAAUCGGUGCGGUCCCAGUGGAGAAUUUCUGUUCGAGUCCUUAUGGGCGUUGUAGUUCUAUUCUAGAUGGUCUGCGCCUCCGCAGUAGGGACAGUAAAUUGUUACCUUCUGCAGGAGGCCCUUCUGGGCGAUGGCGGGUAAUCCCAGCUGUGUUGCAAAGUCCUGUGCAUCAGAGAUGUCAUGCAGGAUAUAGGUCCUGUCCUCCCUGCGGACCACUAGCUUGAAGGGGUGACCCCAUGCAUAUCUAAGCCUCUGCUGUGUAAGUGCUUGUGUUAAGGGUCUGUGUGCUUUCCUUUUGUGCAGGGUGCUGGGCGCCAAGUCCUGAAAGAAUUGGACCUGGUGGCCGUCUUUGUAGAGGGUUGUCUCUAGCGGCUCGCAUCAGUGCUUCCUUCACAUGGAAGUAAUGCAGACGGACUAUUACGUCUCUUGGCUGGUUAGUGUUUGGCAAAGGAGCUCGGAGGGCUCUGUGUGCCCUGUCAAUGAUGAGCUCUGCUGGAGGUGCUUCAGGCAGUAGGCCACAGAAUGUCUCUUGGAGCGCUGAAUUAAGCAUGUCUGGCGCAACGGAUCCCGGCAUCCCUCUAAUUCUUACAUUGUUUCUGCGUGAUCUGUUGUUUAGAUCUUCUUGUGCUUCUUCUAAGGCUUGUACCUGGUCGCGGAUCUCUUGCAGGGCCCUGUCGUGAUUGACAGUGGUCGUGGAGAUCUCCUCCAUCUUGUCUUUCACCGCUAAGGUGCGCCUGGUUAAGUCUUCUAGGCCUUCCCGGAUAGGGGCCAGAUGUUUUGCCAGCUCCGCUGCCAUGCUUAGCUUGAUAUCACGGAGCAACUCCUUCAGGUCCCCUCUGUUCACCGGGUUAAGUUCCUGACUGCUUCUUCCUGCUUUGCUGGCGUCUGAGUUGGACUCCUACACGUGGCGGGCCCUUGUCCACACGGCUGCGGAAUAUCGGUGCUACCACUGUGCUGUGUCUUGAUAUUUUUUUUUUUCUCCCCAUGAUCGUUGGAACGAGCUCGGAGAGACAGGUGGGGCAGGUUGUGUUGGAAAUAUUUAGGGAUUCGUGCUUUUGUAAGCUGUUGUUUUGCCUGAUAUUGUAGAGCUCUAGCAAAGUGCUUCCAUCCACACCGGAAGUCAGGCGCCACCCCCUAGGAAACAUCUUAUAGAUCAUUAACUGAAAUCCUAGGUAACAGAACAAGAAAGAAGCAAUUUUAUUUACUUAGAGACACACACACAAAAAAAAGGCAGUUUUUCAGCGCAGUCAUUAAAAAGCCUCCCUCACAUUGCAUACUAAAAUACUGCUAUAGAUUUCAAUGGUGAAUCAUCUAAAGAACAAUGAAAAACGACUUGGCAGCACUUCCCAAACCGGCAGCACAUGCAGAGUCUGCCCAGAAAAAAAAGAUGGAUAAGAUGAAUAAAGCCCAGGAACAAGGAGCCAAGAUGAGCAGACUUUCACCCCCAAAAAAAUAUAAUAUAUAUAUUAAAAAGUUAUUAAAUUGCUUAAAUUUAGUUGAAAUUAAAAAAAACAAUGCUUAAGUUUUCUUAAGAAGUUGACCCCAUAUAAAAGGAAUUGUAAUUUAUUUUUUAGUGUGUUAUUUCAGAUCCCUCCAAUGUAUCAAACUUUAAAGGAUAUUUACAGGAUAUAUUCCUUUCAGUACGGCAUUAUUUUCUACAUUCUUGGGAUUUUAAAAUGUGAUGAAAAGGAAUGAGCCAGGAUUUGUGGCAGUAUCUAUCUAACGUUUCCUGGUUGCUCAUUCUAGCCAAUAGAAAUGGUUGCUUUUACCAUGAAUUAAUGUAUCUGAAUGCAAUAUAGAGGUAACCGGUCUAGUUGAUGAUUGGUUGGCUCAGCCAAACACCCCAUUUAGUAUUCAGCAGUGAAAGUGAUCUGUACGUAUAGAUAUUGAUGAAGUGUUGUUUUUGUUUUUUUUUACCAGGAGAUCAUGGUGCUUGCAGAUUCCAUCCUACGCAAAAUGAAAGGUUAA